GCGCUGUGCCGCGGGUCAAACAAAGGUGGCGGUGGCGCCCCCGCCACACCGCCCCAACAGUCGGCGCCACCUCACGCACGCAUGCGGCCGCACCGUCAAAUGCCGCCGCACCGUAAAACGCUGCUCCACUUGAGAUGGACGGCUGGACCUGCUCCACCGGCCCGCCCCCUUAAGACCCACCCCGCCGCACCGCCCACGCACGUUCGCGCUCGCUAGCUACACAAACCAAACGCCUCGUCCGUCCGUUCCUUUCCUUCCCUCCACCGCCGACCGAUCGGAGCCAGCUUUGCUCUCGUUGGUAGGUGGCAUGCAGGAGCCCGGGCGGCGGCCGUUCGCCGGCGCCGUCGACCUGCGCCGGCCCAAGGGCUACCCGGCGCCGUCGGCGACCGCGCAGGCGGAGGUGGGGGCGGCGGCGGCGGCGGAGGGGGAGGCGCACCGCGACCCCUGCCCGCGCUGCGAGUCCAGGGACACCAAGUUCUGCUACUACAACAACUACAACACCUCCCAGCCGCGCCACUACUGCAAGUCCUGCCGCCGCUACUGGACCAAGGGCGGCACCCUCCGCAACGUCCCCGUCGGCGGCGGCUCGCGCAAGAGCUCCUCCUCGUCGUCGUCCUCGUCCUCCAGCCCCAAGCGCGCCAAGAACUCCAAGCGCCGCCGCGUCGCGCCGGCCGCGCCCCCGGCGCCCGAGGCUGAGCCCGGCGCCGACGCCUCAGCCGCCGUCGCCGCGACGACGAAGGAGGCCGCGGCCACCGAGGACGUCACAGCAGCUGAGGAUCCCGCCGCAGCCCCUACGGCGGACGGGUGUUUCGCUUUCACAGCCGGCGAGCCCGACGCGCCACCCGCGAAGGAAGGGUGCUUCACUCUCACGGCCGGCGAGCCUGACGCGCCACCCGCGGCGGACGGAGACGGGGGCUUCGCUUUCACGGCCGGCGAGCCCGACGUGCCACCCGCGGCUGACAGAAACGGGGGCCUGGCUUUCACCGAUCACCCGUCGGUGGCGCUCGGGCUCGGCGUGGCGGACGAGGCCGGCGGGAAGGAGCUGGCGGACCCGAGCCCGUUCGAGUGGCCGUCGGGCUGCGACCUGGGGUCCUACUGGGUGGCCGGCGUGUUCGCCGACACCGAUCCGGCGCUGUUCCUCAGCCCGCCGUGAACCGUGGUUGAGCCGAGCACGGCACGGUCCGAGGAGAGCUGAGCUGAGCUCCCCCAACCUUCUUACUAUCAUCAUCGUCUGCCCGGAUUCCGGCCAGUAGUAUUUGGAAAUUUUUAUGUCACUACUCACCAGAGGAGUCGAUCUAAGAAGCCGUUUGUCUUAGUGCCUGAUCGGAAGGCUAACCUAGAAGGUGAGGUGCCUGUAUAAACCAAUCAGUACCCGGUCUGCUCACGGCGUGUUUCAAGCCCUGAAAAGAUUUCCCUUUCGCGAUUAGCGAACUACCACUACCACUACCACUCAUUAUACUACUCCAGUGCUUGUUUGACUCCUCCCA